GGGAAAAAAAGUGGGGGAGUGUCCCUCUACUAUAAAAGCUACUUGGCAUGCAGUGUUAUCUCUGAAUAUACUCGUGUCUCUGCGAAUUAUGAGUGUCUUUUUGUAGGGUGUCGUGAUUACAUUAUAGGUGUUGUGUACAGACCGCCAUCCGGAUCACCUAGUGUUUUUCUAGACUUCUUACAAGAAAUUUUUCUGUAUGCAUCUGAGAGUAAACUUCCUAUGAUACUAGUUGGUGAUUUUAAUAUUAAUCUGAUGUUGUCUGACUCAUGGCAAUUAGAAUUUUUAGAUCUCGUGCAAUCACAUGGUUAUGAAAAUGUAAUUGAUUGCCCUACCCGCGUUACAUCUGAGACGGAAACUUUAAUUGAUUUAUAUUUGACCAAUGCAAUGAGAAAUGACGUAGUAUCUGGUGUACUGACGGUGGAUUUAAGUGAUCACUUACCUCUCUUUUGCUUUCUUCCAUGCGCAAACGUCGGCUACAAUAAAACGAAUAUAACUAACCCUUAUUAUCGAGACAGAAACGAUUAUAGUAUCGAACGCUUCGAAUUCUUCAACUGUCAUCGCGCUCAUGAUACAUUCCACUUCGAUAAAAUGAUGUUCGUUGCAAUAUACUAUUAA